CUCCAAUGAAAAAUGAAACUACAACAUUUUGUUGCUACAAAAGCCCAGCUUAGUUCUUAGCUACGUGGUACACUUCCAUUUAGUCUCAGUGCAACACCUCGAACGAGGUUGAAGUGUUAAUUUGAGGACGUGUUUGAGCUCCCUGUCGUUCACCACACAAAAAGAAAAUGCUCUUUUACUGGUGUAUCCAGUCAAAAUCGAGCUGUGGGACAUCAUUGUUAGAGCUAGAUGGCGUCCAUAUUCUCAUUGACCCUGGAAGCGAUAACAGCUUGACGCAUCCAUCGAUUGACGUGGUCCCCGAUUUAAUUUUACUUUCUCAUUCAGAUUUGGCACAUUUAGGAGGUCUCGUGUAUGCAUGCAGACAUUACAACUGGAAAACCGCGUUCAUAUACGCGACAUUGCCUGUCAUUAAUAUGGGACGGAUGACCAUGUACGAUGCUAUAAAAUCCAACUUGGUUACCGACAUUACCAUUGCAGAUGUGGACUUGGUUUUUGAUAGUAUUACAACUCUGCGAUAUUCGCAACCAGCAUCACUCAUGGGCAAAUGCAAUGGUAUAAAUAUCACGGCUUUCAAUGCAGGUCAUACACUGGGAGGAACACUUUGGAGCAUCACAAAAGAGUCGGAAAGUCUGGUAUAUGCUGUUGAUUGGAAUCACUCGAAAGACAAGCAUUUGAAUGGUACUGCUUUGUAUUCGAACGGCCAAAUUCUUGAAAUUCUGACUCGGCCAAAUACCCUCGUUACUGAUGCCAACAAUGCUUUAAUAUCAAUUCCCGCGAGAAAGAAGCGUGAUGAAGCAUUGAUAGAGGCCGUCAUGUCUACAUUGUUAAAAGGUGGUUCAGUGUUGUUACCUAUGGAUGCAGCAUCGCGUGUCAUUGAGUUGUGCUACUUUCUCGAUACACACUGGGCAUCCAGUCAACCUCCCCUUUCAUUUCCUAUAUACUUCUUGUCUUACUCCUCCGCGAAAACCAUUGGUUAUGCAAAAAGUAUGAUUGAAUGGAUGGGCGACAAUAUCGUUCGCGAUUUUGGAAUGAACGAAAGCCUUUUGGAAUUCCGUCACAUACAAACCAUUACCCACCCUUCUCAGCUUUCUCAAAUAAGUCCUGGCCCCAAAGUUAUUAUUGCAACAUCCCUAACUUUGGAAUCAGGUUUCUCUCAAAACGUUUUGCUAGACAUCAUGCCUGAUAACUCCAAUAACCUCAUUCUUCUUACUCAAAAAUCUCGGUACUCGGAGAACUCACUGGCGAAGCAGUUCUAUCGCUAUUGGGAGCGGGCAAGCAGAAAAUCACCGGAAAACUUUUCAUCUGUUGGCAUGUAUUUUGAGCAAAGUAUCCAGGUUAAACACUCUGAACCAUUGCAGGGUGAAGAGUUACGCGAGUUUCAAGAGAAAGAACAGAGCAAACGGACACGAGACGCAGAAGAUAUUGCCCUUGAAUUACGUAACCGUACCAUUUUAGACGAGGAUGAAAGUGAAGAGUCUUCUUCUGAUGAAGAUGAACUAACUCAGGUACCGGAGCUCUCAAAUACGAAUUUAGGCUCUGCUGCCUUUAUGUCAGGCAAAACGUUUGAUCUAAAUCUCAGAGAUCCUAACAUUGCAAGCCUCCAAAGUAAGUUUAAAAUGUUUCCGUAUGUUGAAAAACGUAGGCGAUUUGACGACUAUGGUGAAAUUCUUCGUCAAGAAGACUUCGCUAUGGAAGAGCGCACCGCUGGAAUUGUUGAGGGAGAAGAAAACGAAGACUACGCGCCCGCCCACGAGUCCACUGGCAAGCGGAAAUGGGCAGAAGUUAACAAUGGUCAAAUUUCUGAAAAUCAAUUAAAUGAAGAUAUGCCCGAUGUUCCGUCCAAAAUUGUUACUACUACACGGUACCUAAAGAUUUCGUGUCAAGUGGCAUUUAUUGAUAUGGAAGGUCUUCAUGAUGGACGGUCUUUAAAAACUAUCAUUCCUCAAGUUAAUCCAAGACGGUUGGUUCUUAUUCACGCUACAGAUGAAGAACGUGCAGACAUGAAGAAAACAUGCGCUGCUUUAACAGCGUUUACAAAAGAUGUUUACUGUCCUGACUACAAGGAGGUCGUAAACGUCAGUAUUGAUGUUAACUCGUUUAAUAUGAAACUUUCAGAUGAACUUGUAAAAAGUCUCAUUUGGAAAAAGCUUGGAAAUUACGAAGUCGCUCAUCUUAUGGCAAAAAUUCGUAUGCCCGAAAAUGUGGACGAAGAAGCCGAAGAAUCCAAAGAACCCGUUGACCCCAAGGACAAUCUUCCCAUUUUGGAUUCAUUAAAAACACAGCAAGAUUUUGCCCUUGCUCCAAGAGCAGCACCUAUAUUCGUGGGUAACGUUCGGCUAGCCGCACUGAGGAAGACGCUCAUGGAUCAAGGAAUAUCUGUUGAACUAAAAGGCGAAGGUGUUCUCCUUUGCGGUGGUAUUGUUGCUAUCCGUAAGCUUGAUAACGGCCGGAUCGUUAUUGAGGGUGGUAUAAGCAAUCGCUUUUUUGAAAUUAGAAAGACGAUUUAUGAUACGCUUGCUAUGGUUUAAAGCGUUCUGUUCAAUCUACUGCGUCCCGCUCUCACCUCUGGCUUCUUUCCAUUCCGGGGCACCACUCUGUCUUGCUGGAAGAUGGUCUGUAGUUGUAGUUGAUGUCACGAAGUAGGAAGCUAAUUCUUGCUCUUCCUUGCGAGACUCCUCUUCUAAUGCCUCGACUUCUUUAGGACUUAGGGAAGCUCGGAGUCGAUUGUUCAAAUCCACGAAUGCUUGCUUCACCACUACUUCGGGUGCUUUGUUGCGAGGAUUUCCAUUUUCCGGAUGACGAAUGUAACGUCGACUCACGUCGCAAGCACUAUCAGCUCCAAAACCGAAACAGUAGGACAUUUUCUUGCCCCAGCCUAAGAAUUAGUGUUGGUUAAAACAUGAUACCGAAAGCUGGGAUAACUUAAGCAUACCUUGUUCGUAAAUAAGAGGUUGAUCAAAGGCCUCUUCACAGCUGUCAACGUGAACCCAACGUUUUUGCUUGUAGCUGUACACCUCUGUCCAUACGUGGUCUUCAGCAUUCCAAACCCAGCGAGCACGAGACCCAAUUGCCCUGCACAGAAAGGUGAAGCACUAUUGGAUAAACCGGUUAGUAGCUGGUACUUCAACUUCAAAUGUUAACUUACGCAUGCCCAUUCUCCGCAGCGUCCCCUAUGAUGCUUGAGCAAGGGUCUCACGUUGUUAUAACGAGGGAAUCUCUGUGUGUGUCCGCAGCUGUUACAUUGGUACAGUUCCACAUUGCCACAACCCUCUUGGGACUCUUCAGUCGUCGGCGCAGCUGGACCCACAAAUCUAGUUUCAUUCUACAAAUGGAUUAGUUAGCUGCGUCACGAACGAGGUGUUUAGUGAGCCUCAAAGAAAGAGCACUUUAAAACCUUAAGUCAUACCUGACAUUGUUCACAUUUAGGAGCGUUGACCCAUUCAAAAAAUUCAUGUUUGAACCAUUUUAGUAACGCUUUAAUAAUGUAAUCCUGAUAUCCCCAUUCAUCGGAUUUCGCUUCUUGUUCACCUGCCUCGGCGUAGAUCCUUUC